AUGGUUCUUGUCAUCAUCAGACAGCCGAAAAAGCAUAUUCUUCAUCGCAUUUGAACCAUUUGCACAGAAUAACGAGUAAUGGCAACUAGCCAGAAUCAGUUGCAACUGUAAAUUUGGUCUGCCUCUGCGUGGCCUAAACGCACAGCACUUGUUUAUAGACUCAGAGUCUCGGCGCAUUUAUUCAGUGGCUAUUUGUUUAGAGUCAGAAUGGAGAAUUGUUCUGACAAGCCGACGAUCAUGGUCACAAACGACGACGGAAUCGACGCCCCCGGCUUACGAGCCUUGGUCCGUGUCCUUGUCUCCACCGACCGUUACCACGUCCUCGUCUGCGCUCCCGAUACGGAAAAAUCGGCAGUUAGUCAUAGUAUAACUUGGCGUCAUCCUAUUGCAGCCAAAGCAGCAGAUAUCGAUGGAGCAAUAGCUUUUGCCGUAGCCGGAACUCCAGCCGAUUGUGCCUCUUUGGGUCUCUCACAAGCGCUUUUUCCUUCUAUUCCUGACCUGGUAAUCAGUGGCAUAAACAUGGGUAGCAACUGUGGUUAUCACAUUGUUUAUUCUGGGACAGUCGCGGGUGCUCGAGAGGCUUUCUUUAAUGGUGUACCUUCUGUCUCUAUAUCAUACGACUGGGUUGGAGGUAAAAGCACUAUUCAUGACUAUACACUCGCUGCCGAGGCUUGCUUACCUUUAAUAAACGCAAUACUGGCUGAGAUCAGGAAUCAAACCUAUCCCAAAAGAGGCUUUCUGAAUAUAGAUUUGCCAACAGAUGUUGCUAAUCAUAAGGGAUACAAACUCACCAAACAGGGUAAAAGCAUAUUCAAAAUGGGGUGGAGACAAGUCAGUUCUGAAACGCAAGGAGUCAGAAUGUCAUCAACAAUGACGAUGGAGACAGAUCAACCAGAAGCAAAAACUGAAACUGAUUCAUCUACAAUAUCACAAGAACAUCUUUUGUUCACGAGAGAGGCAAGGGGAGCCCACAUUGCCGAUCCUGAUACAGACUGGCAAUAUCUUCGAGAAGGAUAUAUUACUGUCACUCCACUUGGAGCCCUUUCUGAUGCAGAGAUGGAUUGCCAAGUCUUCUUCAAAGAUUGGCUGCCUAGUGUUAAUGAACGUGCUUCUUCAUCAGCACUGUAAUGCUAUAAUAUCCUUCAGCUGAAAUGAUGAUCAUCGUAACAUUGCGUUCAAAUUCAACUAUUGCCACUGAAUUUUUUGGUGCUACUCUUACAUUGAGAGGAACCCUUAUUGAUCAAUUUGAUAGUUAUCUUCCUACCCAUAGAUAAAGUGUGUGUGUGCUUUCAAGAGACUAUAUGAAAAUUUAGGUUGGGAUUAUCAUGAAUGCUGCCAGAAUAAUUUGCAAUACAAUUUUUAUGGUCAUCUUGAUCUC